AUGGGUGUCUUCUCCUCCAAGCACGCUCGCAGCGGUGAUGGCAAGCUUCUCUCUCUCGAUGUAGUGGCCAACCGCCCAAGGCUGGAGUCGCAUGAGGUCGGCUUCCUUCAGCUCACACCCCAUGGCGUGUACGCAACGUUGGCAGCGCACGUUUACGGCGCUGCGGCGCCAGAGAUGGCGAUUCAAGUGCCCCUACCUGACGGUUGGGAGGUCUUGCUUCAGUGCUCAAGUCUGCACCUCGACAAGGAGGGCUACUUCGCCGUGGCGUACGCGCACCGCGGCUCUCGUCAUUGCAUCAUAUCGGAGCGUGGCACCUCGGAAGUUCUCGGCCUCCGCGCCGGCGUCUGGAUGUACUUUGGGCAGCCCACUAUUCAGUUCUUUUUGGCAGCGCAGUUUUCGAAGGCAGUGCGGCACAAACUGGAGGUAAUGAAUGGAGGCUGCAGUGGGUCGUGGUUCAUCUCCUACACUGGGCACAGCCUCGGCGCCGUCAUCGCUGGUUGCCGUGCGGUGGAAGAGGGCACGCUAGCCGUCACCUUCGAAUCGCCUGGUGCGCAAGUCUUCAUUGAAAAGAUGCUUGACGCCCCCAGAAGCGUCGAUGAGCACCUUAUCACCUACUUGCGGGCUCCCAACCCGAUCAACACACUGAAGCCGCAGUGCGGCUACGUGAUUAUGAUACCAACUCAGCAGGUCGUGCUGCCCAGCGGCACCCUCUUUCUCGCGCCGUCCAACCAAGCCGCCACCAAAGACGACGACGAGAGGCAGUCACCGAGGAGCGGGAGCUGCAGCAGGGCGUCCCGCAAGCCCAGCAAACCCCCCUCGUCAUCGACAUCCCCCAUCAACCUGAGCGGGAGCGUCAGUCCGGUGACAGUCUCGGUCACCACGGCAGCUUCACCGUGCUCCUCCGCGUCCCAGGUCGUCGCUGCAUCGACGAACACCACUGCAGCGGCAACGCUUACAGCUCGCUCACCCACCUCACCCUCUGCGCAGACCAGCAACGGCAGCAAUAGUGGCCCCGGCGCUGUCGCCGCCAAUACGCCGCCUCGUUGGCGAAUCCCGUCCUUCCGUCCACAAGAAUACCUGCGCGGCUAUCUGUUUGGCGGGGUGGGCAUGGGCGUUCCAGAGCUGCAGCAGUAUGUGAGCAAGGUGGAGCCGAUGAUUCGCGAGAUGCUCGAGCACGCACAGCAGGUGCACUCUAUCCACAGUCUGCGCGACCAUUUUCAAAAAGCUGACGAGCCAGGCGACGAGGAGGUGGUGCUGCGGUGGCCCUCACACCUGCUCCAGUUCAUGGAGUUCUACAACACCACCCGCGCACUCGAGGACCCAGAGAACCAGGAUGCCGGAGUAAAGGAGGCGUAUCUGAGCCUCAUGCGACGACUCUACUACACCGAGCCGCGCCGCCGCGACUGCAUCCCAAUCAAGUACCUAGACUCCAGGAGCCUCCUCGUCGUGCGGGUGUGGUGGAGCAUGGACGCAGCACAGCGCAAGCAGUGGCCGCUGUCGCUCAUGGAUCACAAGGCACUCAACGUUAUUCAGGUCAAGAACAGCGAUCUGUGUUCAUCUGUGAUGACCGCCAUGCAGGCCAAGCAGUAUUUAGUGCGCCUUGUAGCGCGCCCGGAGGUGCGUGAGAUGAUCGACCAGUGGCAAGGAGAGCCAACCGGGAGUAGCACAGAGGCCGGUUCACCGCAGAGGAGCAAGCUGUGA